AUGUCCGACGAAUACAGGGGGAGUGGACGAGUGGACGAGCAGACGAGUGGACGAGCAGACGAGUGGACGAGCAGACGAGUGGACGAGCAGACGAGUGGACGAGUGGAUGAGCGGACGAGUGGACGAGCAGACGAGUGGAUGAGCAGACGAGUGGACGAGCAGACGAGUGGACGAGCAGACGAGUGGACGAGCAGACGAGUGGACGAGCAGACGAGUGGACGAGCAGACAAGCGGAUGAGUGGACAAGCGGACGACAUGAGUGGGAUCCGACGAAUAGGACGUCCGACGAAAAGGAGAUCCGAGCGUACUCCGUUCACCCCCGACAUCAUCAUCAGCAUACACAACAAACUCAACCUCGAGGAUCCUAAGGAUGCUGCUAUAUUCGCCUGCAUAACGACUUCGUUCUACUCAAUAGCUCGGCUAGGAGAGUUCACGGUCUCAGCGGUCAAGGACUUCGAUUCACACAGACACGUCACCCGAGGAGAUGUAUCAGAAGGAACAGACAGGAACGGCUUAGCCAUAACCAAAUUCCACAUCCCAUCCACGAAAUCUUCCCCAAAGGAAGGAGAAGACGCUUAUUGGGCAGAACAGCAGGGACUGUCAGACCCAAAAGCGGCGCUAGAGAACCAUUUCCACAUCAAUCAAGGAGAGAAGUCAGAUCACCUUUCGGUUGGAGACCCGCAGGGAAAGGCAUACGCGCUUUGUCCAAAACCGAGCUCAUCAAGCGCAUAUCCAGUAUUUCAGCCGUAUCAAGUCUCCCCAACCUCAAAGGCCAUAGCAUCCACAUUGGCGUCAAGUCAAUGGGACGCUGGUCCAGUGACGCAUUCACGCGCUACCUACGAGAACACGCCAGAAUCCUUGCGCCAUACAUCCAAGCGAACCCCUCCCUCGAGACGUUCACCCGCAUCACGAUGCCCCCAGUGA